CUUAACCUGCUGAAAUGGCCCCCUCUCGCAAGAGCGCCACCACCAUUAUCGCCGCCUGUGGCCUUCUUCUUCUCUGCGCCAGCUUCAUGGCCGAGCUGGUCCAUGGGGAGCUGGUCCCGGCGCUGUACGUGCUGGGCGACUCGCAGGCGGACGCCGGGAACAACAACCACCUGGUGCUGUCGCCGCUCAGGGCCAACUUCCCGCGCAACGGCAUCGACUACCCGGGGCAGCAGGCCACCGGCAGGUUCAGCAACGGCCUCAACUUCGUCGACUUCCUUGCUGGCAGUCUCGGGCUGGCCAGCCCUCUCCCAUACCACUCCAUCAUCAGCAACGCCACGGCAGGGCGCCACUCCACGUUCCUAAAGGGCGUCAACUUCGCUUCCGGAGGUGCAGGAGUCUUGGACAUCACAAACAAGGGUCAGUGCUUCAGCUUCGACCACCAGGUCGAGCGCGACUAUCUCAACGUGUACACAGACCUGGUGCGGCAGCUCGGCCGGCCUCAAGCAAUGGCGCAUCUCGCCAGGUCGGUGUUCACCGUGGCCAUCGGCGGCAACGACAUCAUCCUCCGCGCCGCUCCCCCCACCGUCACCGUCGAGCUGCCGGCGGCAGAGCUGCAGGUCUUCCCUCCUCAGCCGUUCGUCGACCUGCUGGCGCGGACCUUGGAACGCCAGCUGCAGAGGCUGUACGAGCUCGGGAUGCGCAGGCUUUUCCUCGUCGGCGCGGCGCCGAUCGGGUGCCUGCCGGUGAUGCGGGAGCUGAACCUGCUCACCAAGGAGUGCCACGCGGGCGCCAACGACAUGGCCGCCCGGUACAACGCCGCGGCGGCCUCCCUGCUCCGCCGCAUGAGCGAGCGGCACCCGGAUUUCCGGUACGCCUUCUUCGACGUCCGCGCCGCGCUGAUGCAGUACAUCGACGAGCCUCAAGCAAACGGCUACGCUGAGGUGAAGGCGGCGUGCUGCGGCCUCGGGGACAACAAGGCCAUGUACCGGUGCGGCCGGGUGAGCUCCGUGUGCCCGGACAGGACGGACCACGUCUUCUGGGACCUCGUCCACCCGACGGAGACCACCGCGCGGAAGCUCACGGCCGUCGCCUUCGCCGGAGACGCGCCCUUGGUCUCGCCGAUGAACGUGAGGCAGCUUUGUGCCAUUUUGUAGCCGGCCUGUUGCAGGGCAAAAAUGUUGGCAUCGAUCGUGUCCAUUCGGUGCCAUUUUUCGCGGAUGGUUAUUAAUUAAGAAAGUGCGCUGCAAAUACACACAACCUCCCAAACUACUUGUACGACAGCUGUACAAACACAUUUCGACAUUCGGAAUACCUACGGUUCGUAAAAUGCAACCGACCAUAUACUGAACGUUUGUUUUAAAUAGAAAAAAAAGACCUUGAAAUUA